GGUGCUCAAAUACUGGAAGUCGUGGCACCGAAGCACCAAAGCAGUCAAGACAAAGCACCGAGAAAAACUAAAUCCAAGAUGUUGAGAAAUUUGAUGAUCACACUUUCAUUUCUUCAACUCAUUUUCAUCUCAAUCCCUCAUCGAACGCACAAACUGCAGGUCUGCAACCCAAGCGACCUCCAUGCCAGUCGUCAACAUGUCCGAGCUUAACUGCUCCUUCGCUGCUCUUUUCCCGAUCGGUGCGGCGGUUUUUAAUGACGUCGCCUGCCCCGAGGCGGCUCUGAUGUGCGGGAUGAACAUCUCCAGCGUGUUGGCCAACGCCACAGCACAAGAUUUGGACGACAUGUGCAUGAGCGAGGCCGACUACCUGGCCAUGUACCUGGGGCCUCCGAGGUCCCCCGUGUUCCUUCCCGUCUGUGUCACCUACCUGAUCAUCUUCGCGGUGGGCGUACUGGGCAAUUACCUGACCUGCGCUGUCAUCUUGCGCCACAGGGUGAUGCAGACGCCCACCAACUACUACCUGCUGAGCCUGGCGGCGUCUGACCUGGCGGUGCUGCUGAUGGGCAUGCCGCUAGAGAUCUACGAGCUGUGGCAGAACUACCCCUUCCUGCUCGGAGAGGGGGGCUGCUACUUUAAAACCUUUCUGUUUGAAACCGUCUGCUUCGCCUCCAUCCUCAACGUGACGGCGCUCAGCGUGGAGCGCUACGUGGCGGUGGUGCACCCCCUCAAAGUCAAACAAAUCACCACACACGCUCACGUCAAGCGGGUGAUCCUGAUGCUGUGGGCGCUGUCCAUGCUGUGCGCCGUGCCGAACACCAGUCUGCAUGGGAUCGUGACGCUGCCUCCAAAGUUCGGACGUCAGUUUCCCCGAUCUGCAAUCUGCUGUGUGAUUCAGCCGCCCCGCAUCUACAGCUGGAUCGUCCUGAUUUCUACGUUGGCCUUCUUCCUGCUUCCCAUGCUGAUAAUAAGCAUUCUCUACCUGCUCAUUGGCUUGAGGCUGAAAAGUGAGAAGAUGAACGCCAGCCUGGUGGACACCAGCUUCGGACCGGAAAGACGAUCCUACCAGCAGAAACUGAGCAAACGCAACCUGCAAGUCACCAAAAUGCUGUGUGUGCUGGUGCUUGUGUUCGGCCUUUGCUGGGCUCCGUUCCACGCCGACCGCUUGAUGUGGAGCUACAUCGAGCUGUCGUCCGAGUGGCACCACCAGCUCUUUGAGCUGGUCCACGUGGUGUCGGGAGUCUGCUUCUACCUGAGCUCUGCCAUAAACCCCAUCCUCUACAACCUCAUGUCCACAAGGUUCAGAGAGAUGUACAGACGCAGCGCUUGCUAUCCUCAGAGCAGGCCGGCGAACGGAUCCGACGUACAGACGAACCGACGCAGCACCUUCAGCGAGAGAAUCGCCAAUAGCACAAAAUCAUCAACUUAGUCUGGCCCAAAGGUCCACGGAUAUCAUGCAACAGUUGAUGUUGAAUUACAGUAGCCAUAUAGUAGCCAAAUAUGUCCCAUCGAACACUUUUUAUGGCGUGUUUGUGGCCCCCGUAGAAGCAGUUAACGCUACAAAAUAGUUCUGGGUUGGAUUCUUCUCUGUGCGUAGUUGCCUGACGGGGUUUAGCUAAUGAACGCAGGGUCGUUCGCUUGAAAUGAAUGCACUACGGCUCGUGUUUGAAAGGAGGAACAUUGGUCUCAAUGAAAAUAAGGCCGUGGUUUGUUUGUGAGGGUCAUGACAAGUUUGUUUUUUUAUUACUCUUUUGUGCAUUUACUGUACCUGUGAUGUAAAAUGUUUCUAAUUCUAUCUGAAUGGAUCUUCCACACUGUACAUACACUUUAGUGGGUUUUUGUCUUUGUCUCUUGUAGCAGAUGGGACUACGAACAACAUUUUUCUGUGGAGCCCUGUUGAACAAGGACAGAAAAUAAACCUCAAAAUGUGAAUUAACAAAAGUAUCGCCGGGUUAAAAAGAUCACUUGUGUUUAUCGCUCUCCAAAGUGUUAUUGUUAUCUCAUGUGUUGAAUUGCUUUGGAAUUUUGCAAAUUGUAUUGAAAAAGAUCGUGUGGAUAUUCAUCAAGUCCUUUAUCAAUGUACAAGACCUUGUGCAGUUUUUCUGUACUGUUUAAUAAAAAGCAGGCAUGGUUUUCUCAGCAUAUAACCACCAAAAUGCUUUUAAAUGUCGGUGCUGCUGGUGAGAUAUUCUUGUGUGUGUGCUUAUAAUUAAUCUUUACACUUUUGGUGUUCAGACCCCGACACAGCAACCAGCUGCAGGACUUCUGUGUAAACAUUAUGUCUAAACUGCUGCCCAACAAAACAAAUUGUUGUUGGCCGAGGGGCCAACAGAGCCUUUUCCACUCAGCCGUCUCCUCUCAUGUUACUGUGACACACAGUGCGAGGUGGAAAAUACGUUCAACAAAUGAGGCCGAGAAAAAAGGAAAUGAUGUUUGCAGCAAAGCAGGAGGGCAGAACACAAAGACGAGCUAGCAGAUGGAUAACGACGGACCAGGUAGUAACGUCACAGUGUCAUCAGUGUGCCUCAUCAACGCUGAUGAUCAGCAAUCUGCCCACAACCUGCAUCCCCACGGCAGAAUACACUGUUCAAGUGUUUUCCUCUGUUUAAUAAACUCAACCCA